AUGGCCGACUGCGAUACAGUCAACUUCAACUUUGGCUUCUGCGUCUCUCCCAUUGGAAGAUUGAACGACAAGGUCAGCUCGCUCAAUGCGAACGGCUACAACUGCAUCUUCUACAAUGACACUGGAUGCCGCAACGGUGGCGGUCAGAUUGCCACGACUGGCGAGGUCAGGGACAUCCGAAGCAACCCUCAGUUCAGCACCAUGAACGAUGAUGUCUCUUCUUUCCUCUGCAACAUCUAA